AUGUCCAAACCAUCUAUCAUUCUUGUUACUGGUUCCUUUUCCACUCCCGAAUACUACGCAGAUGUCGUCAACGCGGUUGCGGCCCAGGGCUUUGAGAUCAAGGCCAUCCAUAUGCCCAGCGUAGGCCCAUCGUCUGGAAAGGGCCGCGAGGGGGUACUGCCCACGAUGUACGACGACGCGUCGUUCAUCGCCCAAGAAGUGGGAAAGCUUGCAGACCAGGGGAAACAUGUGGUCCUAGUUGCGCACUCGUACGGCGGAGUUCCAGCGACCCAGAGCGUGAAGGGGCUUCCGGCCACAGAGAGACAGAAGCAAGGAAAGUCCGGCGGACUUGUGAGGCUGGCGUACAUGAGCUGUUUGGUGCCAGCGGUCGGCGCCACAGCGGCGAGUGUACUAGGCCAGGCCCCCCCUGACCAGACGAUCGACAUAAGAGUUGAUGAAACUGGCUGGAUGUACCAAGGGAACCCCGCCGCGACUGCCGGUAUCAUAGUCCAGAACAUUCCCCUGGAACGGGGUGAAGCGCUUGUCAGAUCGAUGCCCAAGCAUUCCUCGGCCAGCUUUGGCAGCGAACUGACGUACCCCGGGUACAAGGACGUGCCGGUAUCAUAUCUCCUGUGUGAGGAGGAUCGAUGUAUCCCACCGGAAGUCCAGAAAGAGGGGAUCGACAUCAUCGAGAAAGCAAGUGGAAACAAGGUCGACGUGACGAGCAUCAAGGCCGACCACUGUCCGAUGGAGUCGUCCAAGCAGGAAGUCAUCGACUGGCUUGUCAGUGUGGCGGAACGGGCCAUGGCAGAUGCUGCGUAG